AUGUCCGAGUCUUCCAAGAAAAUCGUCUUCUAUGACAUCGCCGCCCGGCCGCCGGUGGAAAAGAACGUCUUCUCCCCAAAUCCAUGGAAGAGCAGAUUCGCCCUCAACUUCAAGCAAGUCCCCUACUCAACGUCAUGGGUAGCCCUGCCAGACAUCACCAAAGUGCGCACUGGCCUCAACGUCCCCGCCUGUCGCAAAUUCAAUGACGGCAAAGACUUCUACACUCUGCCCAUCAUCGACGACCCCUCAACUGGGUCUGUAGUCGGCGACUCCUUCGACAUCGCUAUUUACCUACAGACGACGUACCCAACCUCUGGUGGAGGCGAUCUCUUCCCCACUCAGACGCUCGACUUUGACUUUGAGCAUCCUUACAUCCUCGUCCCCCUCUCCGAAUGGCGCGAUAAGGAGAACCCCGAGUACGCCAAGUUCAAUCUCAACAUCGACGCGGCGUUUACUGCACACGUGCAAUUGGGAGUCCAGGGAAUGCCGUUCGAUCCAGCUUCUGAGGAGGAGAGCAAGGCUGAGUUUGUGCGACGUGCGGGGAUGAAACAGUGGGACGACUUUGCGCUGGUGGGCGAGGCUCGGGGUAAGGUGAUGGAGUCUCUGAGAGAAAUGCUCGGUAAUCUUGCCAAAUUGUUCACGAGGGAUGUGAGUGGCCCGUUUUUGCUGGGUGACAAGGUUAGUUAUGCGGAUAUGCUUGUUGGUGCGUGGCUGAGGAUGCUGCAUGCUACGCUACCUGAGGACGAAUGGGCUCAGAUUGCGGGUUGGCAUGAUGGGACCUUUGGGAAGUUGCAUGAGGCUCUGGAUGCCUUUGCAGAGGUGAAGUAG